GCAGGUGUGGCCUCCACAUUAUUAAUUCCUCCUCUCCUCUCCUCUCCUUCCUAUAAGAGAGAGGAGGUGGAAGAAAGCAAAGCUUAGAGAGGGAGAGAGAGACGACGUGCUCAUCGAUCUGGUUUUGGUUGGAAGGAGGCGCUUCAGGUCUGCCAUGGAUUUCACCUCCGACGAGUCAGAGCUAAGUGAUGCAGAUAUUGAUGACUAUGCUGACAAGUGCUACAUGGACCUCAAGUCUGGGAAGCCGGUGGUGAGUCUAGGCAAUGAAAAGUUCAGAUGCCCAUUCUGUCUGGGGAAGAAGAAGCAGGACUACCGUUACAACGAGCUACUUCAGCAUGCCAUUGGGGUUGGCGCAUCCAAUCGCGCUCCAAAGGUGAAGGCAAACCACAUGGCCUUGGCCAAUCUUCUCAAGAACGACUAUGCUGAUGCAGCAGGCUCAUUGCCAUCACGACAGGCCAUUGGACCAAGUAAUCCUCCAAGGCCAUUGCAAGAUCAGGAAGCGUAUGUUUGGCCAUGGAUGGGCAUCCUUGCAAAUGUUCCAGCUGAGAAAACAAAGGAGGAUGGAGCUAGUCUGAUGCAGCAGCUAGCUAAUUUCAAUCCCUUGCAGUUUACUGCUGUGCUCUGCUCCGAGGGUAGGUAUACUGGUUAUGCAGUUGUCGGUUUCAGCAAAGAUUGGAUUGGGUUCACGAACGCCUUGGCAUUCCACAACUACUUCAAAUCACAACGUCUGGGUAAAAAGGAUUGGGCAGCACUUGGACAAGAGAAGUACAUCUGUGGAUGGAUGGCAAAAGAAGAGGACUACAAAUCUAGUGACCCAGUUGGUAGGUUUUUGUCAGCAAAUGGUGAUCUGAAGACCGUGUCUGGUCUGGAAAAUGACCUGUCUCGCAAGACUGAGACUCUCAUAGCUAACUUGUCACACCAGAUUACAGCUAAGAGCAAGUAUUUGGUGGAACUGGAAUGCAGAUGCAAUCAAAUGAAUCUCUCUGUUAAAAGGGCAAUGGAAGAAACUGACUUGCUGCACAAAAGUUACAAUGAAGAAAUGCGAAAUAUGCAAUCUGCUGCUCGUGAACAUUCACAGAAAAUAUUUGAAGAGACUGAUCAGCUGAGGAAACAGUUGGAUGAUAAAGAGAAUGCCAUCGAGAGGAGAUCCAAGCAACUAAGCAAGUUUGUUGCUCAAACUGACAUAGAAAGAAGAAAAUUGGAGAGUGAGAUGAAAAAGAACUCUGAGCAAAACGACUCCAUCCACAUGGCUAGAAUCGAGCAACAGAAGUCUGAUAAAAAUGUGCUAAAGCUUGUUGAGAAACACAAGAAAGAGAAGGAGAUUGCUCUGAACAAAAUCCUGCAGUUAGAAAAGCAAUUGGAUGAAAAGCAAAAGCUGGAACUGGAAAUACAACAACUUAGAGGAAGACUGCUGGUGGUCCAACACAUGGAGGGAGAGGGUGUUGAUGUGAAGAAACGUACUGACGAGCUGACUGAGGAACUAAAUGAGAAGAUUGAGGAGAUGGAAUAUAUGGAAGGUCUGAAUCAAACUCUCAUUAUCAAAGAAAGGAAGACAAAUGAUGAACUGCAAGAUGCCAAGAAAGCGCUGAUUUCUGGCUUAUCAGAAUUGUUAGGCCCUCGUAGCACCAUCGGACUCAAGAGAAUGGGCGAGCUGGAUGAGAAACCCUUCCUUGCAGCUUGCAAGAAAAGGUAUGGUACUGCUGACGGUGAAGCUGAAAUAAAAGCUGCUGAAUUUUGCUCCGAGUGGCAAGAAAAUCUGAAGGAUGCCAAUUGGCAUCCGUUCAAGAUUGUUACCAGAGGAGGAAAGACUGAGCAAAUCAUCAAUGAAGAUGAUGAGAAGCUAGUGGGCUUGAAGGAGCAGCUCGGUGACGAGGUCUACAAGGCCGUGACCACGGCGCUGCUGGAGAUCAACGAGUACAAUGCCAGCGGCAGCUACGUGGUGUCAGAGCUGUGGAACAACAAGGAGGACAGGAAGGCCAGCAUGCAGGAGGCCUUGCAGCACGUCCUGGAGCAGUGGAAGCUUCGGAGGCGAAGGAGAUGAAGCACGCCUUUCACUCACACUGGAUUGAACUAAGGCUUUUUGUUCAUGCUUCGUAGUGCUCAGUUAUUUUUUGGAUGGGAUUAUCUUGGCUUAGCUGAAACUGGAAGAUUAUGCAUUGUGUGAUCCUGGUUUCUCGCUCUGAUUGAAAUCGCUGGGAUAAACACAUUAAGGUCAUGAACUACAUUCUGAUAGAAUUAACUUUCUGAUAUUCACUACAUUCUGAUAGAAUUGUGCUGUCAGAGCAUAAAUCUUUUUGGGACAGUAUUAUAAGAAUCUGUUUACUAUUUCUGAGACAAUUCCUUUCCCCGAACUGUUUGAGUUGUUGUUGAUGAUGAUGAUGAUGAUUUCU